AUGAGCGCGUCAUUGGUUCCCGUUCCCGUCGACACCAGACAAUCAUCCAUUUCUCUGCAACAGACACCAAAGACAACUCCCAAAAAGCGCAGCCCACAUCCUGUCGUUUCCCUCUUAUCGGGUGCCAUCGCUGGUGGUGUUGAGGCGACAACGACUUAUCCAUUCGAAUUCGCCAAAACCCGCGCCCAACUCCAAGUGGGCGCUUCCGGUUCAAGAAACCCGUUCACGGUGCUUUCCCAAGUCGCUAAAAGCGAAGGGGUUGGUGCAAUAUACACAGGCUGCUCUACUUUGAUUGUGGGAACUGCUUUCAAAGCCGGUGUUCGGUUUCUCUCUUUUGACUCUAUCCGCAAACGCCUUGCCGAUGAGCGCGGUGUUCUCUCUCCCGCACGAGGCUUGCUGGCCGGCAUGUUGGCAGGCGCAGUCGAAAGUGUCGUCGCGGUCACACCAACAGAGCGUGUCAAGACUGCCCUGAUCGACAACGCAAAGAGUGGUGGAGAGCGUUUUCGCGGAGGCUUCCAUGCCUCCAGAGUUAUUCUCCAGACGCAUGGCAUCGCUGGACUAUACCGAGGUCUGAUUUCUACAACCGCAAAGCAAUCAGCCACAUCAGCUGUUCGCAUGGGCUCAUAUAACGUGCUGAAGGAAUUCGCGCGACGGAAGAAUCUACCACAGAACAGUGGCGUUACGUUUGGUAUGGGUGCCAUUGCUGGUAUCAUUACUGUUUAUGCCACACAACCGUUUGACACUAUCAAGACGCGCGCUCAAAGUGCACAAGGAGCCAGUACAAUGGAGGCAUUUCGAAGUGUGAUGAGGAACGCAGGGGUACGUGGGUUUUGGAGUGGCAGUACAAUGCGGUUGGGCAGGCUAGUCUUGAGCGGAGGCAUUGUGUUUACCGUGUAUGAGAAGGUUUCCGACUUAUUAACCCCAUCUUCAUAA